CAGCAGUCAGUCAGUCAGUCAGUCAGUCACACGGAGUCGAGUCAGAUCUCUGAACCGUGGAGAUUAUCGUUCAGUCGCUUUGUGUAUUUACAGCCACCGCUGUGAAAAACGACUAGACAGAAUGGGCACGAACUACUCUUCUCGAACCACAGCCUUUUGGAGAUAAGAGGGCGGAAACGCGAGUAAAACAGACAGAAGAGAGAGAGAAAAACAGACGAGGAACGCGAGAAGGCCGAACCCAUCGACGGAACGCGAGAGCAGCCUAGUUACUCACGCGACAGGCGCGCGGCGCUCCAGUGGAUUUGCGGCUCAAACAGACGAGGACGCUCGUUGCGAACCGUACAUGUGGAUUAUUCGCGGAAAUUUCUUAAUUUCGUUCUCCUCAGAAACUACAUAAAAGUCCGGUAACGAUAGAUCUUCACCUUCCGCGGAGAGGUCGGUGACUGUGAGGACUCAACGCCACAUGAUGCACAGUGUUGGUGACAAGACCACACCCAUUUUUAGUGUGUAGAGGAAGUUGCAUCGUCAGCAUGUCCUCGCACCCUCAGCCAGUGCCUCAGGGUCGGAGGGCUGUGGACGCUCGUCACCUUCCCAGUUCUGCCACCCUUCCUCUGCAGCUGAGAGCUCAUACGGAUGUCGGUGGACUUGUGGACUACCAUCCUCAUGCUCGGAACUAUGGUUCCCAUUUGUCCCAUGGAUCGCUGGCCCAGCCUCACCGCCGUAGACCAUCCCUUCUGUCUGAAUUUCAACCAGGCAGUGAAAGAGGUCAAGAGCCCCACAUUCGAUAUGAACACAUUUACCUACAUGAUCCCAGCAGCCAUUCAGAAGUAGAGUACUCCGAGAUAAAGCGUUCUCGCUUGGACAUCGGGGCGGAUUCUCUUAUUCGUCACUCAACCCAUCGUCAGUCCCUCAAUGUGUGCGGAGCUGAGGAAAUGGCAAAGGAGCACAGCAGUGGUUCCAUUGGAAAGAUUGAGCCCAUCUCUCCUGUGAGCCCAGUGCCCAUGGAGCCCGACCUUGACUUGGUUCCCUCUCGCCUCUCCAAAGAGGAGCUAAUCCAGAACAUGGACCGUGUGGAUCGGGAGAUCACCAUGGUGGAGCAGCAGAUCUGUAAACUGCGUAAAAAACAGCAACAGCUGGAGGAAGAAGCUGCGAAACCCCAGGAGCCAGAGCGCACCGUCUCACCUCCACCCAGUGAAGCCAAACACCGCAGCCUUGUCCAGAUCAUCUAUGAUGAAAACCGGAAAAAGGCAGAGGAGGCUCACCGGAUCCUGGAGGGACUCGGACCCCGAGUAGAGCUGCCUUUAUACAACCAGCCGUCUGAUACCAAGCAGUACCAUGAGAACAUCAAGAUAAAUCAGGCAAUGAGGAAGAAGCUCAUUCUGUAUUUCAAAAGAAGAAAUCAUGCUCGCAAACAGUGGGAACAGAAAUUCUGCCAGCGCUAUGACCACCUAAUGGAGGCCUGGGAGAAGAAAGUUGAGCGCAUUGAGAAUAACCCACGCCGCAGAGCCAAAGAGAGCAAAGUGCGGGAGUAUUACGAAAAGCAGUUUCCUGAGAUCCGCAAACAGAGAGAACUGCAAGAGCGUAUGCAGAAUAGAGUGGCUCAGCGAGGUGGGGGUUUGGCCUCAGCAGCACGCAGCGAACAUGAGGUUUCUGAGAUCAUCGAUGGCAUCUCCGAGCAAGAGAACUCAGAGAAGCAGAUGCGUCAGUUAGCUGUGAUUCCUCCCAUGCUGUUUGAUGCUGAGCAGCAGAGGAUAAAGUUUAUCAACAUGAAUGGGCUGAUGGAAGAUCCCAUGAAGGUCUACAAAGACAGACAGGUCAUGAACAUGUGGAGUGAACAGGAGAAGGACACUUUCCGUGAGAAGUUUAUCCAGCACCCAAAAAACUUUGGCCUGAUAGCCUCCUUUCUGGAGAGAAAGACAGUGGCUGAGUGUGUCCUGUUUUACUACCUGACUAAGAAGAAUGAGAACUACAAGAACAUUGUUCGUAGGAGCUACCGUCGCCAAGGCAGGAACAAGAAUAACCAACAGGCACAGCAACAGGUGAACCGCAACAACCAGGAGGAGAAAGACGAAAAAGAGAAAGAGAAAGAGAAGGAGGGAGACCGUGAGGAGGAGAAAGCAGAGGGAGAAGAGAAAGAGGAUGGCAUAAAAGAUGACACCUCUGGUGAGGACGGGGAGGAGAAAGAGCCUCCUGUAACCGCUAAAGGCCGGCGCACUGCAAACAGCCGAGGACACCGGAAAGGACGAGUCACUCGCUCCAUGACCAAUGAGCAGGAAGAAAACACUUCACCGCUAAGCAGUGAGCAGGCAAACCUGGAGAUGAAUGAAAGUUCUCGUUGGACUGAAGAGGAGAUGGAGACGGCAAAGAAAGGUCUGCUCCAGUAUGGCAGAAAUUGGUCCGCAAUCGCCAAGAUGGUGGGCUCCAAAACAGUCUCCCAGUGCAAGAACUUCUACUUUAACUACAAGAAGAGACAGAAACUGGAUGAGAUUCUGCAACAGCAUAAAAUAAAAUCGGAGAAAGAGCGUAAGGCCAGACGCAAAGGUAAAGCUCUUCAGAACGAGGAGGCCAGCGCUCCAUCUGCUGAAGAGGAGAUGGAGGGAUCAGGAGUCAGCGGCAAUGAGGAGGAGGCUCAGGAGGAUGGAGAGGGUGGAGCUAAUAACAGCUCAGACACCGAGAGCCUCCCUUCCCCACGCUCCUCAGAUGACAGCAAGGUCAAAGAAGAAGGCUCAGCAUGGCCCAAAACUGCACCCAAUGCCACUUCCUCCUCAUCCUCAACGGACAAGGACAUGGCAGCAAUGGAGACAGGGCCGGAAGAAAAGCCAAAAGUAAACAAAGGAGAAGGGGAGCAGGGAGCAGUGAAGCAGGAAGUAAAGACGGAACCGGGUGAGUGUGGUAAGGAGGCAACAGGAGAAGAUAAGAAGCCUCCUGCCUUCGAGGUGGAGGAGAGAAAGAAAGAGGUCAAAAAGAAAGAGCAUGGAGGAAAGAGCGGAGCUCAAGACAGUGACUCCAGUGCCACUUGCAGUGCCGAUGAGGUAGAGGAGACGGAAACCUCAGACAAGAACAGGCCAAGUUUGUUGAAUUUCGCCCAUGAUGGAGUGAUCACUUCUCCAGUUCAGAAACCACUGGACCUCAAACAGCUCAAGCAGAGAGCAGCUGCUAUUCCUCCCAUAAUGCCAGAGAUGUCAUUAGCAGGGCGUGAUAACCGGCCCGGGUUGCUGGGGAAGCAGCAGGGUAUGCCCCACGCUCUUGCAUUGUACCAGCAGCAGAUUACCAUGGCACAUGAAUCUUCCCAGGAGGCCAAACAGCAACAAUCACAGCCAACCAAAUCUCAACAUAACACAGGAGGCGGAGACUCCAACAGCCCACUGGUCAGGACUCGCAGCCCUGGUGUCUCUGACAGAGAGAGGGAAGAGCUGGAGGGGAACGAGAGAUGGCUUCAGGCUCUGCUACAUGGAUUACAUAAAUCUCGAGCAUUCUCUCCUCUUGCGGAUGGUAAAAAGAUUCCUGGGGCUGAUGAUGUUCGGGCUUUAGGUCUAGGCCGACCAGUGAUGUCACCAUACCAGCUCUCGCCCAGAGACAUGGCCAAAUUCAGCCAUGAACAGCUGCUACACUAUAAUCCUUCAUUGGCUCCUUCUCUACAGCCACAGGAGAGAAUGGCUGCAGUGCGGCCUCUCCAAAUCCCAGAACCCCCUCCUCUCAUUUCCUCUGCCAAACCUGGUGGUUCCAUCACGCAGGGUACUCCAGUGCAAUUGCACAACCCAUCUCAUGGCUCUGACCAUGGAAAAAUCCCGGCACCAGGAUCUCUGGCUCUCUCCUGGAUAGACCAGAGGAAAAUGGGAGGGUUUCCAGUGGUUAAACAGGAGCAGUUGUCUCCACGCGGGGCCACCACCUCUCAGGCUGAGAAUCUCUCCUCACAGGACUGCGCUAUGUCACGGGGCCCCAUGCCAGCUGUUCAGGGCGGCAGCAUCACGAAGGGCAUCCCUGGCAUGCGUGUGCACCAAGAACCUUCCGUAUCAUAUCGAGGAGGUUCUAUCACUCAGGGCACUCCUGCAGAUGUCUUGUAUAAGGGCACAAUAACCCGUCUGAUCUCUGAGGACAGCCCCAGCAGAGAGAGAAGCAGAGAAGACACACCUUCUAAGGGGACCUUAGUCUACGAGGGCGUCAGUGGACACAUCCUUUCCUUUGACCGGGGUCCAAAUUCUAAGGAGGAGGCUCGUGGGGACAUGGCUGGGCUGAAGAGGACCUAUGACAUGAUGGAGGUUGGCAUUUCUCGUGUUCCAUCCAUCAGAGACUCAAUAUCUGCAGCUGAAGGCUUGAUUGGUCGAGCAAUGCCUCACGAGCGCGAUAGUCCUCAUCUGCACCACAUCCGUGGAUCCAUAUCUCAAGGAAUCCCACGGGAUGACUGUCAGCGCCGGGAGGUUAAACAGAUGAAAAGAGAGGGUUCCCCAUCACCCCGUGGCCCUGGUCAUCCCACUGACACUCUUAAAUCACGGUCUCAUGAGAGUAUGGUGACCACCGUCAAAGAGGGAGGACGCUCCAUCCACCUGAUCCCUCCUGAGGGGGUUGUGAUAGGCAAGCCCAAGGAGGGCUCAAUCACCCAGGGCACCCCUAUGAAACAAGAGCCUGUUGGUUCAUCUAAGCGCCAUGAUGUGCGGUCCAUCAUCGCCAGCUCUCCUCGGCCUUACUCUGGACUGUCCUCUAAUCUAGAGCUGAGGCCCGAGCACAGAGGGUCUGACAGGGCCCGCUAUGAGGAGGUAGGGAGCAAAUCCCGACCCAGCGCUGUGGUCAGCACCCCCAGCUCUCUGUCCCGUACCUCUCCAUUGACACUCAUUGGAGAGCAGAGCAGCAGACCCCACCACAGUCCAGUGGGCUAUGAAGAUCUCAAAAGAUCCGGCUACCCUCCGCCCUCACACAGAGCCUCUCCACUGUCCGGGAGAGAAACCUCACAGCGUACACAUGAAGGCUCUAGUAAGGCCCAGCAGCAAGAGAGAAAAUCUACUCCCACCCCUCGAGAGGUGAGCUCCACUAAGUCUCCAAUGGCAGUUGGUGAGCACACUGCAUCUUUGGCUUACGAGAGGAUCCUGCAGGGGCUGGGAGCUGAGAUGUUUCGCCAGAUACCUCUACAAUUUGACCCUGCAACUCUUCCCAGGGGAAUCCCGAUUGACCCAGCGUAUUACUUGCCUCGUCACCUGGCCCCUGCCCCUGGCUACCCUCACCACUACCCACCCUACCUGAUCAGAAGUUUCCCUGAAACAGCAGCACUGGAGAACAGACAAACGCUCUUCAACGACUACAUUACCUCCCAGCAGAUGCACCAGUGGCCAGCAACUGCUGCUGCCAUGGCUGCCCAGAGACCUGACCUGCUCAGAGGCCUAACGCCUCGAGAGCAGUCCCUUAACUUAGCCUACUCACCCACACCCAGAGGAACAUCUGCAUCCCCCAUGGAUCGUAUCACAUACAUCCCAGGAACCUCUCCAGCUUUCCCCAGUGGGGCCUACAACACCUCUCCCAUCUCACCAGUGGGAGCCUCUCACAUGAGCAAGAUCCAAGGCAGUUCGACAUCCUCGGAGAGAGAAAGAGAACGGGAGAGGGAGAGAGAAAGAGAGCGGGAUCGUGAGAGAGACCGAGAGCGAGAGAGGGACAGGGAACGUGACCGAGAGAGAGAGCGUGAGAAAGAUCGGGACAGAGAAAGAGACAAGUCCCUUGGUCAUGGUAACGUGGAACAUGCCCCUAUAUGGAGACCAGGAGCACCUGAACAGAUGGGUGGCAGCAGCAGUUCUCGUCCCCCAUCUAAUCCAUACAGUCACCAGUCAUCUCCGCUCUCCCCCCGUCCUCAGGACUGCCUGCAGCAGAGACCCAGUGUUUUGCACAACACCAACUCAAAGACCCUGCCUAGUUCUGAGCACAAUAGUCCCUCUGUGCUGCGGCAACCAGGCUCUGCUCGCUACCAGGGCUUCAGUGGGCACCUUCGGUCUGGUCUAGCCAAUGAGGGUUACCAAUCUGGUACAGACUCAAAUGCUAAAGACUUGAGCAGAGAUGGGAUCAAGAGUCAUGGGCGUGGAGGUAUGCCCAAACAUCAGGACCUUUCAUCCUCUUCCAAGCCUGACCCCAAGCUGGCCAGCCCUGGUGCCGGUGUUUCAUACCCAUCUCCUUACAGCCAUGCCUCUGGUGCCCACAUUGGUCUGCCCACAAGUCGAGGGCAUCCCUUGCUGGCUUCUGAAAGCAACAGCAGCAGCAGUUCCAUCCCGUCCCGUGGUGGGGAUGGCAUCAGCAGCGCGUCAAGUAGGGAAAAGACUCAAAACAAAGUGAUGUCCAUACAGGAACACGAACUUCGAGCACUCGCUCACCAAAAGGCACUUGAACAGCUGUACGGGUCUGAGGAUAGACUUUCUCCAGGCCAGCAGCCGCCGUCUGCCGUCAAAGGCUCUCAGAGAGUGGUCACCCUCGCCCAGCACAUCAGUGAGGUGAUCACUAAAGACUACACACGACAGUCACAGCAAGGCCAGAUAGGUGGUCAAUCAUCUCUACAGCCUGUGUUUGGGUAUCACAACUCACCUGUGCUGGAUCUCACCCGUCCUCCCAGCACCCCCCAAGCCCAGACCCCAACAGACCCCAGUGCCCGCUACACCCCAGAAGGCACUGCUGCUGAGAGGGAGAGAGGGAGAGACAGGUCUCCUCAGAAUAAGGCCUCUCCAGUGAGUCUGGGUGCCGAUGGAAUUGAACCUGUUUCACCACCAGGGGCCAUUUCAGAGCCGGAGAUGCCAGGAGCCGCCUACCCUAAUGAACAAGCAGAGCAGGGUAUGGGAUCUCGUUCUCCGGCCAGUAGCUCUCAACCACCAGCCUUCUUUAGUAAACUGACUGAGAGCAACUCCGCCAUUGUCAAGAGCAAGAAGGAAAUGAUUAAGAAGAUGGUGGUGGGCACAGAGGCUGAAUUUAACCAGGGCCAACCUGGGACAGAAAUCUUUAAUAUGCCUGCCUCUACAAAUGCAGGACCCGUGAGUGUGCGCAGUCACCCAGCACCAGAGGCCAGUGGUAAUACUAUAGGUCUGGAGGCCAUCAUCAGGAAAGCCCUCAUGGGCAAUUAUAAUGAACAGCCGGAUGAUCGCUCACCGUCCAACUCUGUUGGGCCGUCAUCUUCAGCGGAUGGGCGUUCUGAAGACCCCUACUCCCUGCCAGUCAAAUCCAAAGGAGGGCGCUCUAACGGUCGCAAGACUAAGUCUCCUGGUCUGUCUGGAGGAGAGAGACCUUCAUCUGUGUCCUCUGUCCACUCUGAGGGAGACUGUAACCGUCACACCCCACUCACCAACAGAGUGUGGGAGGACAGACCCUCAUCUACAGGCCCCACUCCAUUCCCCUGUAAUCCCCUGACCAUGCAGAUGCGUCUCCCCAGCGGGAUGAUGUCGGGACCCUCACCUUCCCCUACACAGCAGGGCGCGUCUGCACCUCCACAGGGCCAGACUCAACCCCGCACCUGGGAGGAAGAACCCAAACCUCUGCUGUGCUCUCAAUACGAGACCCUAUCAGACAGCGAGUGAACACACACCUCACGCCAUGUACACUAGGACUGAACGUUUGCUGCUUAUGAACAAAAACUUGUUACUGUAAACAGGGAUGUUCGUGAACACACACGUACUCAUGUCCAUACUGACACACACUUGCGGGAACACCUCAAGUGCACACACUCACGCCAUUAGUGGAAGUGCAUUAAAUGGCUGCAGACGCGUGUUGUGUCAGUGUGUUUGUGAAUGCACACACAUGUAUGAGCGUGUGCAUCACUCCAGGACUACUUGUAGGAUGAAUCACUUUUUAGGUUUUUUUUUAUAUGAAUAUAUAUAUAUAUACAUCUAUUUGUGUCGUCUUGCAAGCCUUAUCAGAGUUGACUCAUGGACUCAUCUGUUUUGAUGAUGUGUUUUGGAGCAUUCCUCAUUAGACUGCUCAGGACACACCUUUAUACUGUAAUACAACUGCAAAUUGUUUGUUUUGUGCGUGUGUGUGUGGUGUAAUGCUAAGGCUGAAUGAAUCCUCUGCAGAAAUUAGCACUCACCCACACACACACACACACACACACACACACACACACACACGUACGUAUGUAUGCACUCUGUGUUUUCAUGUGCAUCUGCAGUCCUUCAUGAUGGUUCACGUGUUGCCAAGAUGACCCUGUUGUUUUUUUACGGAUCUGAUGCUGUUGGGCCUUCCGAGUAUGUGUGUGAUGAGACAAGAUGUUAGCCAAUCCCUGCACUAAACUCUACUGGUUUUGAAGCAGAUUUCAUUUCAUCCUGUAACAUUCUGUCCUUACCUUGCUACUUCAGAGAGUUUACAUGGGCGGCCAAAUCAUUGGUUUACAGGGUACACAUAAUGUUCAUUAGUUGACAUUAAACCUUCAUUUUUUUUAACUUGAGUUUUGACACUCAGAAGCGGCUCUAGCUGACCAGUAAUACAUUGUCUUUUCAGUCAUCUCUGUCAUAGUUAAUAGGAGAUAUUUUUAGUUUUGAACUUUUUUAUUUUUAUGUACAUGAACCUUGUUUGCAUGUUUUGUUUUUUUGUAAUGAGUUAAGCACUUAGUCGUCAAACGGUUCCUGUCUGCGUCCUUCAAUAGAUGCCGGCCUGAUAGCAACUUUUUACACAGCAUUUAUUUUUGUUUACUUUCUUAUAUAGUAUUUUGUUUAUUUGUUUCGUCACCUACCUAGUCAAGUGUUCCACUCUCUAGCGACAAUCACUGGCAGAGAGUUGAACGAGUGGACACGUCUUCAGGGGAAGCUGCUUUAUCAGGUCUGAACGUCCCAGCAGACCUGAUGUUUUUCAUGUCAUCUGUUUGUUGAAGAGUUGAAGCCAUGCUGUCUGGCCAGUCCUUUGACAUCACUCACUGAGAGCUGCUUUACUUUUGCUCUUUGUGCUUGAAAGAAUGGUUCGGGAUGUUUUUUUUUUCUUUUCUGUGGGCUCAUUUAAGGAGAUGAUAUAUCCUGCAUAAUAAAAUAAAGAGGUGAGCAGAUGCCACACCUCAUAUAA